AUGAACAACAGGAAUUCCUUGAAACUUUAUGGGGAUCCCACAUCCGCUGAUCUACGAUUUAUGCAUAGUGAUCCGUUUUCGUUCCCUUCCAGUAGUAGCUCCUCUAGUCGUUCCUCAACUAGGUCGGACGCGGAAAGCGCUCCACCUGAGUUCGAGCGGUUAUUUGAUCGAAUCUGUGAUGAAUACGCAGAGUGGGUGGGGAGAAGCGGGAGGCAAUUACCUCCCGAAUGGACGGUGCCCGACCUUGUUCGGGCAGUUAUUUCCGACGAUCGGAUUGACAGUCCCGGCUUUCUCACAAGUUCAUAUUAUGAUGUAAUGUUACAUGGACCAAAUGCUUGGUUAUGUAACGAUAUUCUUGCAUUUUAG